CCCGAUGAGAAGGCCGAGGAGGAGGAGGCUACCAUCCGAGGGGGGGUAGCCGAUUCCUGGAGAGGAUUUUCUGUUGUCGUUUCCCGAAACAUUGAGUACGUACCGGCGGCGAACGACAACAAAGCAUAAAGCAUCAUAAAACAUGAUGCCCACUCCCACAGAAGGUCUUCCGUCGGGCCUCUGAGUGUCGGCAGGUUUCCCACCUCCGCCUCGCCUCUUCGGGGGAUCCUGCUGUCUUCAGUCCGUCCUGACCGACCCGCGACACCGCCAGGCGAUGACAGCGGCUACAGCCACUCCGCAGGUGAUGAGAGACCGGCUGCUACAGGCCAUCGACGGCCAGAGCAAUCAGAUAUGCAACAUGGUGGUAGUUGUGGAGGUGAUCUCUUUUUUGGAGAAAUAUCCCAUAACCAAAGAGGCACUGGAGGAAACCCGUCUUGGCAAGCUCAUCAACGAUGUCCGGAAGAAAACCAAGAAUGAGGACCUUGCAAAAAGAGCCAAGAAGCUUCUUCGAAACUGGCAGAAGCUAAUUGAGCCAGGGACGGGUGAGGUGUUGUCCAAAGGACACACUGGUGCAUCAUGGUCUUCCAAUGGUGGUGCUCAUCCCUGUAUCUCCACUCCAGCUGCCACCACACCAUCAGGUAAAACAGGUCAAGAGUUGAAGAACAGAAAUGACUUCAACAACUGUUACUCCCCAACGGUGGAAAAACUGGGCAACAGAAAACGUAAGGGUGACCAAAAGGAAAGACAGCUCUUACCAGCCAAGAUAUCCAAAACGACUCUUAACGAUAAAAUACAGAACUCCAAACAGCUGCCAACCAAUGGAAUUGGUAAUAGCUCUGAAAUUUUUACAGAUUCUCGUGCGCAUCAGCCUUUAGACAGGGAGAUUUCUGAGCCUCUGGACCAUGACAGGCUAAAUAAAAUCCCUGUCAAUGCUGUAAAACCUCAUCCAAGUGCCCCAGGAUACAGCAAGCCUCUUAGCACUUCUUUGCUAAAAGCAUCAGUUCUGCAGCACCAAGCCAGACAGGAGCAAGCUUCCUCUGGGGGGCAGUAUCGACCCAGAAGCCCUCGCUGUUCCUUGCACAGUCCUCAAACUCCAAAGCAGGAAGCUGUUGACAAACAAACUGCAGCACAAGCAAGUGGUGGGGCAAGUCUUUCUAGCUCCACUGUAAGGCCUGGCUCUGUGGACACCUCUGGGCUAGGGUCCUCUCCUCAGCCUUCAAAUGUUCGUGUUCAGGGUUUGCACGCUGACGGUUCGUGGUCUGCAGAUUUGGACUGUCAUAACAGACCUCCAAAUACAUCUCUUCACAACUCUGCCACCUCCUCCUGUAGUGACAGGGUCUGUUUGGAAGAUGAUGGUGCUGUUAGCAAUACAGGGAAAAGUAAAAGACAGAAAUACAGACCUAAGGACUAUAUGGUAAACUUAGAUGGGCAGACUGUAGAAGAUGGCACUAAACCAGUUAGGUUAAAAGAUAGGAGACUGACAUUUGACCCUGUAACAGGGCAGAUCAAACCCUCCUUCCAUAAGGAGUCUUGCCAGGAGGAGGAGGCCAGACUUGGGCACAGACCUGAACCUCAGUGGUCAGAACAGCUGAAGCAGAAUACACCAGUUCCUCCCAGUCCCUUCCAGCAGACAGAUUGGAAAGAGCUGUCGAGGAGUGAAAUCAUCCAGUCAUACCUUAGCCAGCAAAGCAAUGUGCUGACGUCGUCGGGCGCCCACACUCCCAGUGCACAUUUCUUUAUGACAGAGUUCUUGAAAAAAGAGGAACACCAAAGUAAAGACACCAAGAAAACACAUGUGUUAGCACCAGAACAACCAGCAAAGGAUUUACCUGGGGUUAGCAGAGAGGUCAGCAAUGAAGACCUCAGCAGAUUACACGCACAACACUGGUCCGGGGUUAACGGCUGCUAUGACACAAAGGGUAACUGGUACGACUGGACAGAGUGCAUCUCCUUAGACCCGCAUGGAGAUGAGAGCAGAUUGAACAUAUUGCCAUACGUCUGUCUGGACUGAAACUGAAGUCAGGUUUCUGAAUUGGAAGGUGUGAGCUGCCUUCGUCGUACAGUGGAGCAGCUCUGGAUAUAUGAAGGCACUUCUGUAAGUGUAAGCUGCUGUUUUGCACCGUUGGUGAAAAUGGAAUAAAUAUGCUGCCUGCUCGGGCGUGGAGCACUGGAGGUGUAAUUGGUGUUAUUGAGCAUUGUCUGGGGACAGCAUGAAGGGAAAAGGCUAUGCAUUAUCUGCCCAUUUAGUUGUUGGUGUUCAGUAACUGUACAGAUUGAGUUUCCUGCCAUUCUUUGUUUGGGAGGGGAACAUCACAUUAAACAGCACAGCUACAUUUUAUUUGUCUUAUGCUAUCCACAUACCUUGUGGAAUGUGACAGAAUUUCCAGCAUCUAAUCACAUUUAGUCCGUAGUGCAGUAUUUUUUUAAUUUGAAGAUUAGUUACAUUUUAUGUUUUCUUUUUAAAUCUGUGACCUAGUGAGAUACAUGAUUGGAGCAGACAUUUAACAGAUACAUCUACCAAUUAGGUUUUUGUUGGCAUUUGCAUCUUGAUCAAGACUUUUUAGCAGUAAAAGCUGAAAUGAAUGCUAUUAUAGUGGAGAGCUAUAAGUAGCUCUCCUCAUUACCAUAGAUACAACUGUUGUUGCUGUGAAAAAUAUUUCUCAUUUCUUCUUUUAGAGCUGCUGUUCCCUCAUUGCACGACUGUCUUAUUCAGUGACAGAAAGACUAACUGACAAAUCAUUUUCAAAAAAUUAGAUUUUUUUUUUCUUGUAUUUGAAUACUGUUAAAUAAAGUGACAUGAAACUGCCAGAUGUGAUUGUACAGAAAAGAAAGGUUUGUAAUGGGCUAGAACAAUACAAGCUGAUAAAGAAAUGUGGCUGUCAUGUAUGGUAUUUAUUUUCAUUUACAUAUUCAUUUUAAGAUUUAUAUACAUGAUCAGACUACACUAAAUAAUUUUUUUUUUUAUCCAGAAUUGGUUCAGUGAUGCAGCAGUGACAUUCCAGACUCUCCCUGCUGAUAUACCAACCUACCUUACACAGGAAAUCUUUCUAAACAUUUUGGUAAUGUGAACCAGUUUGAUUUUAUACUUGCCUUUUCCCUUUACUGUGUAUUUAGGUUGUAAAAUAUGAAUUGAAAUGGCAGAGCAGAUUACGCUACUAGCUUGCAUCUUUGUACUGUCAAGAAGAACUGAAAUAUAUAAUGACAUGCUGGAUAAAGUACUUAAUAUCAUUCCUUUAGAUAUUGUUUGCCUUAUGGAAACCUGUGUUUUUCCUACAGACAGAGCCUUAGUGAAUGUACAGGAAUUAGCCUUUUGUGUUCAGUUGAACACAGAAGAGAACAUAUUUGCUACUUAGUCCUUUAAGUGGACAUGUUGAUAUGUGUUAAUAAAAAAAAUUAAGGAACUGUGA